CACCUGUGACCUUAGCUGCAGAGUCAGAUCCACCAUCACGAUUCACGGCGCGACAAACGCUGCGAUCCCGCGACAUCGAUAAACAACCAGUCCAUCGCCCUCGCUCGCCUGAAAAUAGGCAAAAUGGACGUCCAACCAGAACACCCCCCAGUCCCAAGCAUCCCCUCUGACGCCGGUCCCUCCGCGUUACUCGGUUUUCGAUCGCGUCGUCGUAGUUCGCUGCCGGCGGUACCUACAGACAUCCGCCUCAAGAAGCGCUCCCCCAACGCUGUCCGCACGCAGUCAGCGUCCCCCCAGGUCAUCUCCUCCCUAAUCGACUCCCUUUCCGCUAUCUCGCUCCCCGCACACACCCACUUCGAAAACUUCCCCGCGGUCCAUGGUGCUGCCUCAACCCCCGCCAGCCCAACAGUACGAACACACUUUGGCGGAGAUCUGUUAGCGGAAAACCAUGGGAGUACAAUGGAUUACACCGCUUACAACCAGGCAGUGAAUGAAAACGCAUUCCUGUACCCCGACGACGCUUGCGAACCUCCCGUCAUCCGGACAGCGAAGCCGCCCUCUGGCCUAUCUCCCAUCACAGCCCCUAAGAAGAAGGAGAAGGACCACUCGCUGAAGAGCUACCUGGCCAGGAGCGCCGGAAGCUCUGCGUCUCUGCAGUCUGCCCACUCUGGUCGAUCCGUGAGCAGCUUUGGAAACAUCAGCAUUGAAGCGGGAGGGCCGAGAAAGGCCUCUGGUGGCAGCAAUCGGACUUCCACUGAUAGCAAAAGGAGCCUCAAGGGCCGGAGUCUCAUGUAUAUGAGCUCCCGCGAGCGACUGAAGGCUAAAGACGCCGAGCGCAAGCGUGCGACGAUCCAGGGACCGGAGAUUUCGAGCGCGCCCGAUAGCAUCAGGAAGCCGCCGCCGCAGCUGUUUGUUUCCGAGGACAUAAUCAAUGAGGAGCCGGUCGUAGCCGAGUCAUCGCGGGCACCACGCCGAUACCAGGGCAGGGGAACCAGCCCGCUUCGAAAUGGUGUCAGUCUAAUGAGCGGAAAUGACGAGAGCCCCAGCGAGAAGGGAUUGAUCCCCCAGCGUGGAUCAUCUUUAAGGCAUUCAGACAGCCCCUCGCGGAGCAGGAGAAAGGGUCAUGGCCGAAAGGGGAGCCGCCAUGACUCGUACAAAACGAACACCGUCCCAGAGGAAGAUGAAAAUGUGGAUCAGGAAUUGUCGACAAAGGACAAGAUUUUAAAGGAGUUGGAAGCCGAGGAUAGCGAAGUCGCGCACAGGAUACGGGAACUAAGAAAGCAAAAGUUGUUGAGAGAUAAAAUAGCCGGCAAACUGCCUGUAGGUGUUGAUGUGGGCGUUGCUGCAGGGGCUCCUUCAAGCGUCUCGCAUGUUUCACCAAUUGCACCUGCUGAGCCCUCCCCAACCUCAACUGUAUCAAGCAUGUCGGAAAGGCGAAUACAGGACCCCACCAAAGCGCACAAGGUCCUGGGGAUCUCAAUGGCACCCACACCGCCAGAAAGGAGAACAUCCCGCAUCCCAGACUCCCCAGAACGGCGUGAAACGCAUAAACAUGGCCAUACGCGAGCGAGGAGCCUGACCGUGAACGAUGGCGAUGAUAUUACCCCGCUUCCGAUUAACUACAAACUCGCGCUGCAGACUCUUGAGCGCACAUCCAGCUCUCCGCCCAGCAGCAACGCCUCGAGUAAAGGCACCGUCUCCAGCACUCCCCCGGCACGUUCAAAAUCGGUUGCGGUUGGCGGGCGGUCUGCAAUAGGCCGCAAGUCAACUCAUUCUAUGAUCAUGGGUGCAUCUACGGCGCACAAACAUUCCACAAGUGUUACCAGUGGACCCCCGAGUGAGAGGUCAUAUCGAUCUGCCAGCGAGGAUAUCACUGCUCGACAUCAAUCACUUCAAAUGCCGCCUUCUGCUUCUUCUUCUUCAAGUCUACAGCAUCGUCCAACGCUGAAGAAGAAGCGUUGGUCGCACCCUGACUUACCAGCGAAGGCAGAGCAGAGGCACAAUGAGAAGGUCGACGCAUUGCAAGCCGCUGCUGUGCAAUCACCCCCACAUACCGUCAUUGAGGAGCGCCCGUCCAGUGUGGACUCGGUCGACAUCGACGUUAACCAAUUCCUCAACUCUCCGCGCCUGUCACAAAGGAUACGACAUCCUCAAACGGGACGAAUAAUUUCCUUUUCUGAAGUUGGAGAUCCACAUGGAUUCGCUGUCUUCUGUUGUGUUGGGAUGGGACUGACCCGUUAUGUUAUGGCUUUCUAUGACCAGCUUGCACUUACCUUGAGGCUAAGGUUGAUUACACCCGACCGUCCAGGCAUUGGAGGCAGCCAAGUCGAUCCUAAUGGGACCCCUCUGAGCUGGCCAGACGAUGUACUCGUUAUUUGCCAGGCGUUGAAAAUCACCAAGUUCUCGCUUCUGGCUCACUCAGCAGGCGCAGUGUAUGCACUCGCUACCUCUCUGCGAAUGCCGCAGCACAUUCGUGGACGAGUUCAUCUACUUGCGCCAUGGAUACCUCCCUCCCAAAUGGCACCAAUUGGUGUCAGCCAAGACCAGCCACCAGCACAGCAGCUCCCCAGGUCUCAGCGAUUCCUCCGGGUUCUACCCCCCUCCCUCCUCAAAGUUGCGAACUCAACCUUCCUCAGUGCCACUAGCGCCAGCCUGCAGCGCACAGGGCCUAAGAACUCUCCCAAAUCAAAAAGGAAGAAUGUAAACACACCGUCACCCCAACAGCUUCUGCCACCGUUCAAGGAUACUCGCCGGGAGUCAAUCAUGCUGAUGGAUCAAGUUCUUCCCAAUGCAAGUUCUCUGACCCUCGCGGCAAGCAAUCCUGCAGAUCCCAAUUAUGAGAGGGCAAGAAGUAUGAAACAAGCCCUCACGCUUGCGGAGCGCCAGCGACAGCAUGACUUUGACGAGCGGUUGACCUUUGCCAUUUGGGAUAGGGCCACCACUAAUGCCAACCCCGCGACCGACCUUAUCGUAUGCCUGGAGACGAAACAAACAAUUGGUUUCCGGUACGAGGAUAUAAACCGCGCAGUUGUUAUCCAUCACGGCAGCAAAGAUUCUCGGGUACCUGUUGAUAACGUCAGAUGGCUGGGUCGUUUAAUGCGCAGGUGUGAAGUCCGGAUAUUGGACGGCGAACAACAUGGGCUUAUGGCAAGUGCUCAAGUUAUGGGCAACGUCCUUACUGAAAUGGCCAGCGACUGGGAAGACUGGACAGCCGUCGUCCAAGGCAAGACUACCAAUGGGGAUAGAAGUUCCUCGCGGCGACGUGCAGCUGAAUCCCUUCGAAUUCGGACUUGAAGCGCAUAGGUAGCCUAGCUCAUCUCAUUGAGACAUGACUAGAGCCCACCACAGG